UAUCCAGUUGCAAGAAAUCAAGAAAUCCUCUUGAAUCAGACAACGACCAAAUGUCACAAAUUUUAGGUUAAUUCCGUCAUCUGUCAUCUGUCAAGAUUCUGUCUUCACUUCAAAACUUCAAAACACGGAUGCUUCAAAACUAUUCAAAACCAAAACGUUUAAAAUUUUUGUUUACAGUUGUUUACAAUAUUUUGAAACUCUUUGUGCCUGUAUUUUUCAGUAUAUUUGACGUUAAAAAUGGACGAUUUAAAAAUAGAAGACAUGGAUUUAUACGAAAUACUAGAAAUCGAGCAGUCCAGUACGGAAAUUGAAAUUAAAAAAGCUUACAGGAAAAAAGCUUUGCAAUGCCAUCCAGAUAAAAAUCGUGACGACCCUGAAGCCGGUAAGAAAUUCCAUCAACUCUCCAAAAUCUUGGAAGUUUUAACUGACCAAGCCGCCAGAGCUGCUUAUGAUAAGGUUUUAAAAGGCAAAAAAGAGGCAGCAAUACGACACAAAGAGCUAGACAGUAAACGAAGAAAACUCAAAGAAGACUUGGAAGAAAGGGAAAGACUAGCUAGUAGUGGGAAACGAAGAGAUAAUAAAUCGGAAGCACAAAAAUUAAGGGAAGAAAUCGAGAGGUUACGUAAAGAAGGAUCUAGGGAAGUAGAGGAGGAGAUACAAAACGUUCUUAAAACCAUAAACGAAGAAAAAAAUCGAAGUGAAACAAAUUGGGACAGUGCCAAUAAUCGCAUAAAAAUAAAAUGGCUAGCAGACAAAAAAGACGAGACAAAUGGAGGAUACACCAGUGAAUUAUUACAUAGAUUUUUAUCAAAAUAUGGUGAUAUCCAAGCACUUGUAAUGUCUCCAAAGAAAAAAGGCAGUGCUCUGGUUGAAUUUAAAGACAAGAAAGCAGCAGAAAUGGCAGUUGAUUUUGAGUUAGGUUUGUCGGAGAAUCCCCUAAAGUUAGAAUGGGUUAACGGACCACCAAAGAAUAGUCAAAGUAGUGCAAAAAGUAACUUGGUGAAAGAUACGGACUUUGAAAGUGUAACUUUAAUGAAACUGAGACAAGCUGAAGAAAGGAAAAGGCUUAUAGCUCAGAUGAUGGCUGAAGAUGAAGAGUCAUGAUUGUGUAAAUGUGAUAUUUUAUAAGAGUACAAUAAAAAUGGUCAUAAGAUUAGUUAUUUUUUGUUAUGGUUUCUGUAUAUAGUAUCUAUAAUAACGAGACUUUAUAUGUAAAAUUAUUUUGAUAAUUUAUUUCAAUAAAAGUUAUGCAGUUU